AUGAGACAGCUUUUCACUUCCGGAGAUUACUAUGAGCAACAAAACGAUCAGAUUCGUGAAUUUUUCCUGAACAUUUCCGUAAAAACUGUUGUGACCUUAAUAAUUUACAACGGAUUUGAGAUCUCGGUAUCUCAUAGAGGUAUGCGGUUAACGAUACCGCUAGGGUUACGAAGGAUCAUCAACAGCAAUUAUCACCCUUUCCAAAGUAUUCCAAGUCCUGAUAGAUGGCUUGUUCGUGAACGACAAAAUCGUUUUACAGCUUGGCAGUACGGUGUUGCUCGAACAACUUGGAAAGCUGGAAACAUGAAGCUGAACAAGCUUUUCUGCUAUCUCGACAUGCAGCGGCAAGAUGAAAAGAAACUCGAAAGAUUUUAUGCCGAAGAACGAUUGAAUGCUGCACUUGCUGAGCAUCACUUCGAAUACAAGCACUUCCGCAACAUGUUGGAUAAGGCGCGUAUACUACUCGAUAACAUCGUGCUUUCACAGCUGGCAAUUUAUGAACCACGCACCUUUCAAAGUCUCGUCGCGUUAGCGAAGGAGAUGGCCAUCAAAGAUGGGCGGCGAAUCAUACCAGAUGAUGAAUUCAAAUUUGAGGUCGACCUCGAUGAUUCACUUUUCGGCGAGCCCUACCCGAAACGACUACAGCUUCGCAAAGGACCUGCUGAGAAUUAUGUACAAAAACCUAGAAAACUCGAUCCUUCGGAAUAUUGAGGAAGUGUAGAGAAAAAGACUUAGCUUUAGGCAUAGACUGAUGUUAUAUUUGUGUAGAUUUUGAUAGUGAUUUGGUCUGCACUGUUAACCUCUUCCAUAUGAAGAAUGGUCGCGGAAUUUUAAGGUGCUCACACAUAAGCUGAAAAAGUGCGG